UAAUUGCCACACAACCUUCCUUUGCAUCAACCCUUUCCUUCUCUGCGCUCUGCCAACCCAUCCCACUCCUUCUGGCUUCGCUCCACUCUUUCGGAUGCAAUACCAUGUGAGACCAGACUCUUCCCUGCUCCUUUCCUGAACUUGUUAUAGGUUCCUUCCAGCAACACACUGUCAAAAAUUUGAUCUUUGUUUUGUAUUUUGUCGUUGAUGCAUUCCUGGCGCACGACGGUGGGAGAAGGGAAAGGGGGCUCGCUGUUGAUGGGGAGGGGCGACGGACAGAACGACCAGUUCCCUGUAGGAAUGCGUGUCCUCGCCGUCGACGACGAUCCCACUUGCCUCAAAGUGUUGGAGGCCAUGCUGCUUCGAUGCGGAUACAAUGUUACAACUACGAAUCAGGCUGCUUCGGCGCUGGAGUUGCUGAGGGAGGAUAAGAACAGAUUUGAUCUAGUUAUCAGUGAUGUGCAUAUGCCAGACAUGGAUGGGUUCAGGCUUCUGGAGCUCGUGGGCCUCGAGAUGGACCUUCCGGUCAUCAGUAAGCCAAGUGCUCUCUGUGAAUGGUGAGACCAAAACUGUAAUGAAAGGCAUAACUCAUGGUGCUUGUGACUACUUGCUCAAACCAGUUCGGAUUGAGGAGCUCAAGAAUAUAUGGCAGCAUGUUGUAAGGAGAAGGAAGUUAGCACACAAAGAGUAUAGCCAUUUUGAUGACGGGGAAGAAUCAGACAAGCACCAAAUCGUUAGUAAAGAAUCUGCUGACGGUCUGAACAUGAAUAGCUCGCCCAAUUGCAAUGAAAAGUUUAUAAGGAAGAGGAAGGACCAGAAUGACGAAGGCGAUGACAACUCUGAGGAGAAUAUGCAGGAGAAUGAUGAUACAACUACUCAAAAAAAGCCCAGGGUUGUUUGGUCUAUUGACUUACAUAGGAAGUUUGUAGCUGCUGUUAAUCAGUUGGGAAUUGACAAGGCCGUACCUAAGAGGAUACUGGAGCUUAUGAAUGUUGAGAAGCUUACAAGAGAAAAUGUUGCAAGCCAUCUACAGAAGUAUAGGCUUUACUUGAAAAGAUUGAGUGCUGCAGCAAGUCGACAGGUCAACAUGGUUGCUGCUUUUGGAGGUAGGAACUCGUAUAUAAGUUCAUUGGAUGGCUUUGGGAGCUUUCACGCUUUGGGUGCUUCAGGCCAGUUACAGGCCCUUAGAUCACUCCAACCAUGCGAAGUGCUUGUUAAAGCAAAUACAAGUGGCUUGGGAAGUCAUGAUCUUUCCUCUUCUAGAGUAAUUCAAGUUGGGAGUAGCAAUUCAAUCAUUCCUUCUGCUGAUAUAAGCAGACUCCCACCAGUAAUUCAUGCCAGCAAUCAACAUGGGAGGUUGUUACAGGGAGUUCCCGCCUCAUCGGAACUUGAACAAAUGCAACUAAAAAGAAUUCAAGACCCAAGUUGUCAUUUUCCUGGUUUCCUAUCUGGAAAUGCAAUUUCUAUUCCCACCAGUCCUUUUCUGGAUGUGGCAAGUCAUGCCUUUAUAACACAAUCACUCGAGCAACAAACUCCUUCCAGUGCAACGGUCGGCCUCUCUUCAAGUAGAUCAUUGUCCACAACCUUUGAUCCUUUGCAUGUUAGUGUUGGGUUUUCUUCCCAAUUGCCUGAUGCUGGUAGACGCAAAGCUGAUUCGCAAUCUGCCGUUCCGUUAAACCAGUAUCCAACAAUAGUUUCGUUUACUAAUAAUGAUGAUUUGUCCAAGUACUUGGACAACUUUCCCAUCUCACAAAGGAGAAACAAGCCUCAAAGCAUUUCUUCCACUGUACAAGAUCCUGUUACAGGCAGAGAUGCAAAAUGUCAGGCUAGCUCCUCUGGUGGACUGACAAUGUUGUUGCCUACAACUAUAGAUGGAGAGACAGGCAAUUCUAAACAAAGAGCACCGGAGGAAGGCAUAUAUGAACAAGAAGCCCUGUUCAAUUUUCACUCUAGUACUUCUUUGUGUACUAAUUUCGUGUCUAAUUCUCCUGGAAAUCAAAGAGUGAACAGUCACCAUAACACCAGCAGUUCAAUCUUUCCAUCAAAUUGCCAGAUUGGUAAGUUAACUGCCGACGGGUUGCAGGAGAUAAUGAAUGUGCAGGAAGGAACCCAGUCAUCUGGUUAUUGCCUUGAUGACGUAGUUUGUUCUCUUAUCAAACCGGAAAAAGGUCGUAUCAGCCUUUCGGAGAAUGAAUUUGACGCUUGCAUGUAAUAUUUUUUUAUUGAUGAAUUUCAAGCUACCCUCUUUUUGAGGAGAAUCAUUGUUCUGUUAGAUCCGAGUAAAUCAAAUGAUUCCGUACUA